GACGCGAUCUUCCCAGAUGUCCUUCACUGUGACGCCGGGACACCACGGACCCUGGGUGCAUCCACAGCGGAGGACGCGAGCCGGGUCCCGGGCGACGACUUCUCCCCCUCCUGCCUUCGACAUCUCCAUACGGAACCGCUUCGCUCCCCUCCGCGAGACAGGACGCGACGCUGUGAUCAUCGGAGACUCCAUCGUCCGACACGUAAGUGCUACGUUAGCCGAAGGUAAAGUGCACACUCAUUGUUUGCCUGGUGCUCGUGUUCUCGAUGUUUCUGCGCAGAUACCCGUGAUCCUGAAGGCCGAGGAGAGCCCCAGAGCGGUCGUGCUUCACGCCGGGGUUAACGACACCACGCUGCAGCAGACGGAGACGCUGAAGAGGGACUUCAGCAGCCUGAUCGAGACGGUUCGCAGCACGACGCCCGCGGCGACGAUCGUCGUGUCAGGACCACUGCCCACGUAUCGACGAGGACACGAAAGGUUCAGUAGACUUUUUGCUUUAAAUGAAUGGCUGUUGUCAUGGUGUAAAGAACAGAAACUGCUAUUUGUUAAUAACUGGAAUCUUUUCUGGGAGCGUCCUAGGCUGUUUCGCGCUGAUGGAUUACACCCCAGCAGAAUCGGAGCGGAGCUGCUCUCUGACAACAUCUCCAGGACACUUCGCUCCAUGUGACUAGAUUUACACAAGCUCCAGUCUGGAUCCAGAACACCUGAGAAGAGAUGAUGCUGACCCUCAGAGGACCCCAGAUGAUGCUGACCCUGAAUCAACAAACAGCACUAACAAUUAUUGCUACAUGUGUGAC